AUGGCGGCUCAGGCGGAGGCCGGAGUUAUUAAGUCGUUUCAUAAACACGGUGUAUUUUGUGUUCCCUCAGAGUUUCGCCUGGCUGUGGUGCAGCUGCAGGUGGGGGGGGUGAAGGCUGAUAACCUGAGCCGAGCCAAGAGGCUGGUGAAGGAGGCGGCCGCGCGGGGGGCAGCAACCUGUGUGCUGCCGGAGUGUUUUAAUUCCCCUUACGGCACCAGCUUCUUCUCUCAGUACGCAGAGAGGAUCCCCGGAGAGUCCACAGAGCUGCUGUCAGAGGCAGCCCGGGAGAACCAGGUCUACCUGGUGGGAGGAUCGAUCCCUGAGGAGGACGGGGGGAAGUUAUAUAACAGCUGCAUCGUGUUCGGGCCUGAUGGGAAAAUUAUUCUGAAACACAGGAAGAUUCACCUCUUUGACAUCGACGUGCCGGGGAAAAUCCGUUUCCAGGAGUCCGAGACUCUGAGUCCAGGAGACACUUUGUCCAUGUUUGAAACACCGUUCUGUAAAGUGGGCGUGGGGAUCUGCUACGAUAUCCGCUUUGCAGAGCUGGCUCAGCUGUACAGCAGACAAGAAGAGGAGGGGGUGGAGGGCAGGGAUCCAACUCAGCAGACUCUUGAGACUGUGUACACUGAGACAGUACCGGAGAGCAGUGAACUACGAGAGGCCGACUGGAGCACAGAGCUGCAGCUUUUUCCCUUUGACACCAGUGGCAGAGAGGACAGCUGCUGGUGGAGAUGA